AUGCCAGCCAGACUGCGCGGCACGCUCCAAAGGAGCAUUGCGCGCCCCCUGGACAGUGCUGGUAUCUUCUACUGUCAAUCUUGCACAACAUGGCGGCGAGCACUCUCAACGCGUGCCAGUAUUAACAAGAUUGCGCCCACGCGCCGAAAUGAUCGACUUGUCUCCUCGAUAACCACCUCCUCUCGAUCCAUCACUACUUCAACGGCGAUAUCUACUGUUCCGCCGCAGUUCAAGGAGCUGCAUGAUGCUUUGAGCGGAAUCAAGGAUGCGACCAUUGAGCAGGUUAGCGUGAGUCGGUUGCAGCUUGCUCUGCGGGGAUUGGAAUCAGAAACACCUUUGAUUCGCAUUGCGGUCCUCGGUCUCGACAAUGCGGAUUCUGCUCGGAAACUCGUCCGAUUACUUCUUGCUGAUCCUCUGGGUCCGCGCGAGGACUGGGAAGAUACUUUGGAGACUUAUGAGUCUGAUCCUUCUCAAGGAUUGCUGAUUCGAUAUGGCGAGAUUUCUGAGUCUAUUCCGAAUGACUUGCUACCUACAAUCGCGGUCCGAUCAUCACUUCUGAAGAAAGGUAAUCUGGAGAUUCUUGUUAGUUCGAUCGCCUCGGAGUCAAAUUCUACUCGGGCAACACUUGAUGCCGACACUUUCCUCGUUCCCACCGUCACUAUUGAAACACCACACCCGGGCCGAAAUAACAUUGUGCGGUAUCCUGUCCACCGAAGUAUUGUAUGCGGGAAUGGUGUGGAUGGGUUGCUGGCUUUCAGCUCCCUCAUGGGCCAGGCAGACCUGAAGAAUGAGGUUGAAUCUGUGCGUGGUGCUAUCGAGCUCUCUGUGGAGAACAAGAACCCUGAUAGCCGAGUCUCCUUUGUGGAUAUUGAGCGUGCGACAAACGCCCUGGAUCGCAUUCGUGAGUCCGUGCAAAAUGCCACUGAGUAUGAGCGUGGCUGGACUGGAAGUGGUGUGCAGCCUACGAUUGAUUGGCUCGCUUCUACCUCUCAGGUAAACAAGGAAGGCACAUUGAAUCCCGUCCUAGUCCCAUUAAUCGAGUCUUUGGUCAAUGCUGCGGAUGAGGGUGUCCUCGCCCGGGAUACUAAAGCACUUGAAUGUCAAGAAGUCGGAGUCCCCUCAGAGAACGUCCGACUCGAGCUUGACCGAGGGGUCGUUACCUGGGCAGAGCGUGCACACUCAGAACUCCGCAGCUCCCUUGAGGCAGGUUUCGCCAGUCCCCGAUGGCGCGGUCUAGCAUGGUGGAAACUAUUCUGGCGCGUCGACGACGUGGGCAUGAUCACGUCCGAGAUUCUCGAAAAGCGAUUCCUGCAUCGUGCAGAGCGGGAAGCCAUCUGGUCCUCGGGCCAAUACGAGCAGGCUGGCCUGCUAAACGACCCCAAACCCGCUCCUGACUCCACCCCUGUGCAAUCUACGCCAUGGCCAACUCAGAUCCCUGAUAUACGCACCAAGCUACUCACUACUACUGUCCCCUCUCUUCAAGCCCUUGCUCAGAGCCUGGUGCUCUUUAGCGUCUCCACCACGACCCUCACAUCCGCCCUCUCUGCUCUCACCUACCUGUCUAUUCCCUCCGCUUCCGUGUACGAAUCAUGUACCCUUGCCGCAGUCGGUCUUAUCUACUCUCUGCGUCGCCAGCAGAAGAAGUGGGUUGCUGCCCGUGACUUCUGGGAAGAUGAGGUCCGUGAGGAGGGGCGGGCUUCUCUGCGUGAGACUGAGGAUCUAAUGCGGAAAAUUGUGCGUGAGGGUGGGAAGGAUAUUGAAGAUCUGACGGAUCACCGUGCACGGGAGGCGGUUGAUCGGGCUAAGAGGGCUUUAGCUGAGAUGAAAGCUUGA